AUGAUUCGAGGAUUGCUUCUUGGAAUCAUAUGGAUGUUAAACUGUGUUUGCCCAUCAUUUCAACAGGACACGAAGUUUGUCUUCAACGGUUUCCGCCAAGAAGAUCAUCGUCUUCAUCUUGACGGUAGUGCAAGAAUCCUUCCAAAGAAUCAUAUCCUGCAGCUGACAAAUGCAACGACAACGCAAAUAGGUCGUGCUUUCUUCAAGAAGCCAGUUGACUUCAAACCAUCUGAACCAGUCUCCUUCUCCACACAUUUCGUUUGUGCGUUGCUCCCCGCUGGUAAAAUCAGUGGCCAUGGCCUUGCGUUUUUUGUGUCUCAAUCCACUGACUUCAUCGGCGAUGAUCCAACUCGGUUCUUCGGGAUUUUCUAUGGAAACGGAUCUAAUUCUCCACGUGUGUUGGCUGUUGAGCUUGAUAUAGCUCCAGAUGAGGACAUUGAUGGUAAUCAUGUUGGGAUUGAUGUGAACAGCGCAAAGGAUGUGGCAUCUGCUAAGGCUUCUUAUUAUUCAGACAAAGAAGGUAGGAAGAUAGACAUCAAACUAUUAAGUGGAGAUCCUAUUCAGGUUUGGGUGGAUUAUGAAAGAACCACACUCAAUGUUUCAUUGGCUCCUCUUGGAAACCACAAACCAAGCCGACCUCUCUUGUCAUCAACAUCCAUCAAUCUUACCGAGAUUGUGCAAGGUAGAAGAAUGUUUGUAGGGUUUUCCGGUUCAACCGGGAGAAACUUGUAUGCGGAAGUAAGAGAGGAAUGGGAAAAGGAAUAUGGUCCACUCAGGUUCUCUUACAAAUCUCUAUACAAAGCAACAAAAGGGUUCAGUAAAAGUGGGUUUCUUGGGAAAGGAGAUUCAAGACCGUCCAUGGAACAAGUGGUGCUAUACUUAAACGGAAACCUAACCUUGCCGAAGUUUGGGCCAUAUUCUUCUGGAAUUGGAGUUCUCAAUUCAAUGGCGUCUACACCUGCACAGCCCAUGCUCCCUUCACUAUCAUUGUCUUUCUCCUCAUCUAAUAACUCUAGGUUUAUGACUCACUCAAUCAUCUACGGGAGUGGACGAUGA